AUGCCACCAACUCCUUCGCUCCGCUCCCUCCCUCCCUUCUACGCAAUCAUAUCCAAGAGCUGUUCCCGCUCCUGGUCUCCUUGCUGGCCUCAACCUUCGUUUGCCAUCAUUUUCCCGACCGGUUGCGAGGAGGACGAGGAGGACGAGGAGGACGAGGAGGACGAGGAGGACGAGGAGGAUCCGGGCCCGGAAUGGAGAGCUCCCCCUUCCGAUAGCGACACUUCCCAGUUGACAUCUGCAAAGACAGAAAUAGGCGAAAUCAGCAAGCAAGCCAACGCUGGCCAAGCAGCAAUCUCGCGCGAUGCCAAAUCGAAGCAUAGCAAGAGACUGCACAGCGCGCACGACAAGUUCUGGAUGUCUUCUGAAGAAGACCUGUACGCAGCGGAGAGGGCCAGCAUGCAGCUGCCCGAGGGAUCAAAGGAGCCGGCGAAGAAGAGGGAGAUGAGUCUACCAGAGCUGGAGGCCUUGAAUGCUCUCAAUAACAAGAUGCUCAAGGCGGCAGAGAAGGCAGAUCUUGACGCGUUUCGACAAGCAGUCCAGGCAGGAGCGGAAGUGAACGUGCGGCAUGUGGGGAGAAGUCGCAUGACAGUUCUUCACCUUGCUGUGCUGUCGGGCAGCAUCGAGUUCAUCAAGGAAAUCUACCUGGCGGGUUGCGACUUGGAGGUUCGCGAUGUUUGCGGGAUGUCAGCGCUGAAUGUCGCGGUGCUUGCAAGACAAGAGGCCUGUGCUGCGCUGCUAGCAAGGUUGGGAGCGAGAGUCUUCUCCAAGCAGCCAGUUGUCAAGGGGGCGUCGCCGGCUGAGGUCGCCGAUAGCAGCGCCAUGGAGGCAGCCAGACGUCUGGGCCUCGAGGAGCUGGAGAGCAACCUGAAGCGAAUCUUGGAGGCGAGGAAGCGCGUGGGGAGGAAGAGAGCCACAACACGGGAAGAGCGUCAGCAGGUCUUGAGGAGGAUCGACGAAAGUCCUCUAUCUUCCAGCGAUGAGCUCUUGUAUGUCGAACCCGUCGAAGACUCGCCGGAGGCUAGGCAGGAGGUGCCGCCUGCUUGUCUUUCGGUGGCUUCUGAGCCAUUAUUGCAUGUCGGGCAGGAGCUCAUCAAGUACUCGCAUGAAGCAGUCGAAGAAUCCAUGGUGCGCAUCGCCAGCAAGCUCAUGAUGAAGAGAAUCCCCAAGUCUCAGACGCUCGACUGGUUGGCCAAGCAGAAGGUCAACAAAUCCAUGGAGGACGGAGAACAGCAGGAGAGCUUGAUGAGCUCUGACGCCUGA